UGUGUAUUGUUUUUUUUUCGGGGAUUUUGUCAUUUUUGAUAUUUUUGUAUUUAUUGGUUUUCCUCGCUCUCUCUCUCUCUAUCCCUCUAUCUACCUCUUUUGUGUGUUUGAGGAAAUUAUCGAUUAGCUUGUGUCGAUGAGAAGAAGCAGAGAAGAAGAAGAAAGAGUUAAUAAAGAAACGGAGCAAUGGAGAAGGAAUCUUAUGAAAUAGACGCUUUAAAACUAAAAGAUGAGGAGCUGGAUGUCUAUAAGGGCGAAGAGCCGGCAGGAGUUCGGAGAAAAAGAGAACUUAAACAGGUGGGCUUGGUGAGUCUGGUGGGUCUGUCUUACUUCUCCCUGGGUGCCAUUCUACCGUGGCCCUCUCCGGCACUCUCCGACAUGGCCAGGAAUAAUGCCACUCUGGUUGGCACUGAAAUUUCCCUCACGUCGGCUGAGAAGGAUAUGACAGGCAGCCUCGUGUACCUGGGACGCUGUUCGGGGCGUGGCGGCGGGCGUCCUUGUGAGUGCUGUUGGGCGGCGUCGGUCCCUCCAGCUGAUCGUGGCGCCCUAUGUGGUGGGCUGGCUGAUCAACGGCCUGGCUUGUUUUGGUUUUUCAUGCAUGUAUACAGAAAUAAGGGCAUAUCCAUCAGUCUAGACAUGUAUAUCUACCGCACAGAGAUAGAGGAAUGUAAAUAUAGCUGA